CGCGUGCGGCCGCCGGGAUAUAUCGCUCAUCUGGUUCAUCAUAUUCAUACCCAUAGACCUAUCCGGAGGAUGGGGAGGGCGCCGUGCUGCGACAAGGUGGGGCUCAAACGCGGGCGGUGGACGGCGGAGGAGGACGACGCCCUCGCAAACUACAUUGCCGAACACGGCGAGGGCUCGUGGAGGUCGCUGCCCAAGAAUGCAGGGCUGCUGAGGUGCGGCAAGAGCUGCCGCCUCCGGUGGAUCAACUACCUCAGAGACGGGGUGAAGCGGGGGAACAUCUCCAAGGAGGAGGACGACCUCAUCGUCAAGCUCCAUGCCACACUUGGCAACAGGUGGUCGCUGAUCGCCAGCCACCUGCCGGGUCGGACAGACAACGAGAUCAAGAACUACUGGAACUCGCACCUGAGCCGGCAGAUCCACACGUUCCGGAGGACGUACGCCGCCGGCAACGACACCACCGUGACCAUCGACAUCACCAAGCUCACCGCCGCCGGCAAGCGGCGCGGCGGCCGGACCCCCGGACAGUCGCCGAGGAGCGUCGCGAAGAACCAGCAGACGGAGCCGGCGAAGACGAAGAAGAAGGACAUCGUCGUCGGCUCCAGCCCGGCCGUGCCGGCGAAGGCGAAGGACGUCGUCGUCUCCACGUCGUCGGCAUCAUCGAGCCCGCCUCAGAGCGACGGGGCGCGGAGCGUGGUGGUCGACCCGGAGCAGAACCAGCCCAGCAACGGCGUCAGUGGCAGCGUCAGCCACAGCCUCAGCUCGGACGGGCCGUGCAGCGAGGACGAGACGUGGCCCCUGGUAAUGGAGCCCGUGGACCAGACUGGGCUGCUGGAGGCGAACAGCGCGGUUGACCAGACUGGGUUCUGGGAGGCGAACAGCUCCAUGAACUGGGAGGGAGAGACCGAGAUGGAGGCCCUCCUGUCCGGCGGCGUCGUGCCGGAAGGCCCGGCUCAGGUGGACGACCUGCUGGACAUGGACUGGGAGGGCCUCGCAUCCGAUCUCUGGGACGCGCCAGCCCAGUAUGAUGUAGCCCAGCCCGCGGAGCCACAGGCGGCCGCGACGACGGGCUCCGACCCGGAGGAGCUCGAGUCGUUCGUCAGCUGGCUCCUGUCGGACGCGAGCUAACUGAGAAGACCUUGGAACGGCAGCGGCGAGCAGCCGUAACCCAUCAUAGCUCAGUGCAGGUGUUUCGUUUGGGAAAGUUUUGGUAGCUUUCGUAGUUUUCCUGUAAGUAUGUGUGGUCUUGUGCGUGCAAAUGGCGGUGUUACUUUUCUUCUUUCAUAGGGUGGAGUGAUGCCUAGUAGAGUCUCAUGUGGGUGUAGUUGGGACCGGUAGGUUUAUGUGCAGUGCAUCCCGGUUGCUGUGGAAGCUCGCACGAUCGCACCUGCAUCAACAGUGAAAUGAAGUGAAAGUGAAUUGCAA